AUGGAUGAUGGCUCACUUCCCGACCCCGAAGGCGGUAACGAUUAUAGAUGGGUGACCAUUCUCACCGCGGGGGCAGUUAUUGCUGCGUCCCUUCAUCUCCGGAUCAACAUACAAGGGAGGAAGCUUAUGCCGAGCGACUACUUUCUAUGCCUUGCCUGGUGCUCCGCGGUAGCUACAGCCUCAUUCGACAUCCAGUUUACGGUCAUGGGGGCUUUGAAGCAAAACAUCAAAAUCACCUUAGAUGGUUAUAAUGGCAGUGAUGAGGAUGUGAUCAAAGUUAUGAGGUUAUUUUGGGCGAGCAGCAUACCGUUCUUCACGACAUUUUACCUGUGCAAGGGGGCGCUCCUUGCCGUCUACGUCCAACUUUUCCCUGUCUUCAUGUAUUGGCGCAGAAUGUUGCUGUGGGUCGUCAUUGUCUACACAGGGCUGGCAUACUUGACUAGCAUAUUGUUGCUUUUCACAAUCUGCUUACCUCUCAGCAAGAACUGGGCUGUUGAGGAUAGGGUAGUCGGAACAGAAAAUGUAAUGUGCUCGGCUUCUUCUCCGGCAAUCGUUUUCCAAGUCGGAUGGGCAUUACACUUCUUCGGGGAUAUUCUCGUCUUCUCCAUUCCAUGGCUGAUCAUUCCCGACCUGAAGAUCAGAAAAGCGCUCAAGAUUGGCGUUUACUGCACGUUCGGGCUCGGCAUCAUCAACAUGACUUUCUCCUUGGUGAGAUUCAUCACUAUUCAAACAGCUUCUGUGGACUACUUGCCUUUUGGCCUGGUUGCGAAUUAG